AUGGCCGGUCGCCACUUCCUGCAUGUUGGUCACAUUGCAUUUAACCCUCCAGCAUUUCUACUGGCCGAGGACCAGGCCAAGUCCAGCAGGUUCGACGCAUGUGACUCUUACCUCUGGUACACUUCCACAGAUGCUGCAACAGACAGGGAUGGUGAUGAGUAUUGUGCCCCACUUCCUGAAAUUCUUGGCAGGCGACCUCCUGCAAACCGGUACCUACUGCAGUGGUCCACCAUUCACACAUCGGCUAGUAUCUGGCAUGUCUGUUGUGAUCCUCUGAGUAAGGGCAAUGAGUUUUUGCCCGUGUUUUGGAUGUUUGUCAUGCAUUUCGAGCCAGUGUUAACUUGUGGUGCUCACAUGUGUCCUGACACUCUGGUUCGCAUGUCGUACCGAACGUCGGUUCCGAUGAACUAUCUCAAAAAAGUCAUUAUGGGAUGUUUAGGGCCAUCUAGAUAUCUGAGUCCUGGUAUCAUUCUACUCUGUGCCUGA